AAAAAAAGCCACCAAAAACCCUCGACUUAACUCAAAAUUCAAAAAGCCAAACAAUGUUAACAGCGUUGCACUCGCAGCAACGUCGCCGAUAAUGGAACUCACCGAUUCAACCGCGAUAGCAACUCGCUCUGCUCUCGCAAUCGAUCUCAAUGAAAUCCCUACCCAUUCAUCUCCGCCCGUACCCGUACCCGUACCCGAAUCCACACCCUCCCGACCCGACCGGGCUCAACUCGAUCCUUAUUCCGUAGUCCGUUCCUUCUACCAGAAUCCAGGCCCUGCCUCGGGAGCCGCCGCGUGCUUAUCGGAGGAAGAGAGCACGCUAGCGUGCGGCCGUUGCGGGAAGCCGGAGGCGUGCAAGGAAGAAGAGGCUGUUAUUUGCGACGGCUGUGAGCGAGCGUUUCAUUUAGCGUGUGCAGGAGUACGUGAUGAGGUGGCAGAGCAGUUCGGGGAUUGGAUAUGUGUAGAGUGCGUUAAUGACGGCGUUAAGAGUAAACGGUGGCGUUUAGGUGCUAAUAAGAGUAACAGAAUUUUGGAUAUCAACGCUUCUCCUCCUAAGGAUUGUGACGUUGAUAGUGAUGAAUGUUCUUAUGUCAGGAAGGACGCUUUGGGUGAUAGUUCUGCCAGUGGAAGUAUAUGUGAUGCUCAAGUGACAUACUCUAACUGCAUGCAUGCGGGGAAUGAAUUUCAGCCUUUUGACUGUAAGAAAGGUUCUGGGCUUAUGAUGGCAUCCGGUGUGGGUUAUGCAGAUAUAUUGCAUCAUGCACAGACUGUAGAUAGAAGUUUGGAGGAGAAAGAUUUAGAUUUUCCUUUAGGAAGGCUUAGGAGUAGUAAUAAUACAGCCAUUAGAUUACCGUCUCGCAGUACAAAUGAGAUUCUUCUGCAGGGUCUUAAAGAAUACGUUUCUGAAAGGCAUGGCAUAUUAGAGGAAGGUUGGCAUGUGGAACUUAAACAUUCCAUGAUUGAUUAUGAAUUAUAUGCAGCUUAUUCUUCUCCAGAUGGGAAGACGUUUGGUUCAAUGUCUGAGGUUGCUUGUUAUCUUGGGCUGUCGCCUAGUUGCAAUGCAGUGGACACUGACACUAGAAGUGAUGCGUCUCCUUAUCUGCAAGAAAGAUCACAUUUAUUCAAAAAGAGAAAGUCGAAAAGAAUUCCACUUGCCAAUUGUUUUAGUGAAGAUAAACAAGCUUCAGUAAAUGGCUAUCACAAAGGGCUCUUGCCCAAUGGUCAUCAGAAUAUAGAAGGUGAUGCGGAAUUUGGUAAAGUUACAGAAAUUUAUGCUAGAAGAGAGGAAAAUGCCAAGCCUUUGCCAUCAGAUGAAAGACUCUCUAUUCAGUUUGAAGAUUUUUUUAUUAUAUCUUUGGGAGAAAUUGAUAGGAGACCUUCAUAUCAUGAUCAUCAGCUGAUUUGGCCUGUAGGUUUUAGAUCUUGUUGGCAUGAUAGAGUUACUGGAUCUCUUUUCAUAUGUGAUGUGUUGGAUGGUGGUGAUUCUGGACCUGUCUUUAAGGUCAGGAGGUUUUCAUGCUCAGCAAUGCCUCUUCCUGAUGUUUCGACAAUCUUAUCUAGCAAAAAUCCUGACCAGUUUGCUGGACUAAACAGCAAAGAGUUAAAUGAUGUGAUUUAUGAUGAUAUGGACCAUGACAAUAAUAGCAGCAUUGAGAUGAUUCUUUCAUAUGCUCCCCCACCAACAGAAUAUGAUAUAUUGACUUGCCUUAGGCACACAUCAAUUGGAAAUUGUAGUAAUCAGACAUCAGACAUUUUGCAAAAUAGCUCCCUAGAUAGCAGGUGUGAAGGCCUUCCAUCCUGUAGUAAAAGGAUGGGAGACGAGAUUGGUGAGUUCUCAGUGGAAGCACGUUCAUCUUCUUCUGCAUGGAGAUUGGUGUCUCAGAAAUUAAUUGACGUUUGCUUUGAAUUAUAUAAGCAAAAAGGUAUGAUUAAGUUAUACUGUAAACACGUUGAUUAUGAAACGGGGUCAGUGACUCAGGAUACUGAGGAGAAAACAGGCAUAAUAAGUUUUGCUUCAUUGGCCAAGUUUUGUAGUUCCCCCAGGCUGAUAGGCAUCCCAUUGGAAUACCAUGGCGAGGCUGAUAGUUUGUCUAUUGCUCUAUCAAAAUGGUUGGAUCAGGACAGAUUUGGGUUUGAUGCAGAUUUUGUGCAAGAAAUUAUAGAACAGCUCCCUGGUGUUGAUGCAUGCUCAAAGUAUGAAGUCCUAGUCAAUAGAAGCAAUCACUCUAUGUCCUUAACAGUUGGAAAUGGAGUCAUAAUGGCGAAAAUUAAAGGUGGAGCAGAUUUAGGCGAGUCAUCUCGGAGAUGCAAAAUCCCCAGACUGGGAAAACAUUGCCAGACAGAUGACCAUUGUCGACCUCAAGGGAGGCUACUGUGCUCCAAGCUUCCUGAUGUUCUUGUUGGUGAUCUAUAUCAGGUGUGGGAGUUAUUAUGCCGAUUCCAUGGAACACUGGGGUUGAAAGAGCCUUUGUCAUUAAGGGAAUUAGAAGAAGAGCUUAUUAAUCCAUGGUUUGACUGCAUAAAAUUUUCAGAAAAUUUUCGAAAGAUCAUUGGAGGUCAAGUAGUAAAUUUAGACAAAGUUGAUGGUAUGACAGGACCAAUUUCAUCUUCAUUCCAAGAAUCAUCUAAGAGCAUCAAUGAGGAUACUUCACAGGUGUUAAUGCAGGUGGAUAAAGGAGGGACAUUUGAUUAUUCUGAAGAUAGACUUGCAUCUGUUACUCACAGCAAAUGUUUUGGUGCAGCAUUGACAGAGGUUCACAGUUCACUCCUAUCUGUGCUGAUAGGUGAGCUACAAUCCAAAGUUGCUGCACUUGUUGAUCCAAAUUUCAAUUCUGGAGAAGUAAAAUCUAGGCGUGGAAGGAAGAAAGACAUUGAUAGCUGGACUCCAUUGAGAAGAAGUAAGCUUACUACUCUCCCCAUUAAUGAACUGACUUGGCCAGAAUUAGCUCGGAGAUAUAUCUUGGCUGUCUUAUCAAUGGUUGGUAAUCUCGAAUCAGCUGAGAUUACUGCUCGUGAAAGUGGUAGAGUGUUUCGCUGCUUACAAGGUGACGGCGGAAUGUUUUGUGGCUCACUUGUUGGCGUUGCAGGAAUGGAGGCAGAUGCACUUCUGCUUGCGGAGGCUACAAAGCAAAUUUAUGGUUCAUUGAGCAUGGAAAAGGAUGUUCUUACCAUUGAGGAUGAAGAGACUGCUGCUAGUAAUUCUUGUGGAAAGAACAAUGUGAAUGAUGGUAAUAUACCGGAGUGGGUACAACUGCUAGAACCUGUUAGAAAGCUACCAACCAAUGUUGGGACCAGAAUUAGAAAGUGCGUCAAUAAUGCAUUGGAGAAAUGUCCUCCAGAAUGGGCGAAGAAGAGGUUGGAACAUUCAAUCAGUAAGGGUGUCUACAAGGGCAAUGCAUCCGGUCCUACUAAGAAAGCUGUUAUUUCAGUUCUCGAGGAUGUUCUGCGUGAUGGAUUGCCUCAGAAAUUUCAUGAGAGAGAAAAAAGAAAGAUUACUAUUCGUGUAUCUGACAUCAUAAUGAAACAGUGUCGCAUCAUACUGCGUCGUGCUGCUGCUGCUGAUGGUGCAAAAGUUUUCUGUACGUUGUUGGGAAGAAAUGUAAAUUCUUGCGAUCAUGAUGAUGAGGGGCUUCUUGGAUCUCCAGCCAUGAUAUCUCGCCCUCUAGAUUUUAGGACUAUUGAUUUGAGAUUGGCAGUAGGAGCUUAUGGUGGAUCACAUGAAUCUUUCCUUGAGGACGUUCUAGAGUUAUGGAACAAUGUACAAACUGCAUUUAAAGAUCAGUCUGAUGUGAUUGAAUUGGCUGAGAAAAUAUCACAGAAUUUUGAAACCCUGUAUAAAAAGGAGGUGGUCAGUCUAAUUCAGAAAUUUGAAGAAUUUGCAAAAUUGGAUCACUUGAGUGCAGAAACAAAGAAGGAUUUAGAUAAUAUUCUUGCAUCAACAAGUGAGAUUCCAAAAGCUCCUUGGGAUGAAGGUAUCUGCAAAGUGUGUGGUGUUGACAGGGAUGAUAAUAGUGUUCUUCUAUGUGAUACAUGUGAUGCUGAAUAUCAUACUUAUUGCUUGAAUCCUCCACUUGCAAAGAUUCCUGAAGGAAAUUGGUAUUGUCCUUCUUGUGUUGGUGUACAUAUCAAUCAAGAGGCAUCAGUAAGGACUCGGAUCACUAGCCAAGCCAGCAGUAAAAGGCAUCAGGGAGAAAUUACUCGUGCUUUCUUUGAGACACUUAUGCAGUUUGCAGCUGCAAUGGAAGAAAAAGAUUAUUGGGAUUUUGGCAUAGAUGAGCGAACCUUUCUUCUUAAGUUUCUUUGUGAUGAAUUUCUUAACUCAGCUCUUGUUCGUCAGCACCUCGAGCAGUGUGUGGAAGUCACGGCUGAAUUGCAGCAGAAAUUGCGGUCAUUAUCUGUGGAAUGGAAAAAUCUCAAGUCCAGGGAAGAGUUUCUGGCUUUGAGAGUUAAGGAUGGACUUGUUUCUGCAGUCACGGACCAGGGCAAGUCUGUUGGACCGCCACCUGAUUUUAGUGCUGCACCAUCAGUAGAUAGUAGUCAACAUGGAAAUGAGGUUAAUGGCUUUGUUGAAAACUCUUCUGAAAAUAACUAUGAGAAAAACCCUAGUCGGGAUAGCCAAACCAUCGAUCCUCUUUGUAAUCAAGUUCAAAUUAAAGAUCUUGAUGCUGUCAUGGAUGACAGUAAUGCACCUUCUAAAGAUACCAAUAAACCCCUAAAACAAAGUCAGUUGCUUUUAUCAAAUCACUUGCCACAACUAGGUCAAAGGGACGAGACUCUCUGCCGGGAUAAUUUUCAAAGAUCUAUGGAAAGAGAUUCUUCAAUUCUUAUACCACCUCCAGAUCAUUCAGGAUCUUCUCACCAAUCAGAGAUGAACAUUCAUAUUGUUGAUAAUCUUCCCUCUGCUAAUAUGACCGAGUCGCAAGCAUACCAUACUGAGCUGAGCACAAUUAAGGAUGGUGUUUUCCGUGUGCAGCAUUUGAUUCGCAGCAUAGAAUCACAGCUAUUGAAACAAUCUAUGAGGAUGGAGUUCUUGGGUUGGGAUUCCAGAGGUCGUAUGUACUGGGCUUCGGCAACACCUGGUGGGCGUCCUCUGAUUAAAGUCGAUGGGAGUUUCACAUUUGCACAGGAGAAUUAUAGGUUUGAGACUGCUUCAUCUGGAACAGACACCUCUUUGAAUUUGGAGGGCUCAAGAGCUUGUUUUCCAUCCCUGUUUAAUCCUAACUUUGCUGUUGGUGUGAGUUCAGCAUGGGUUUCUUAUGAAACUGAUUCAGAGAUUAAAGAGCUUAUUGGCUGGUUAUCAGAUAGCAGCCAGAAGGAAAUUGAGCUGAAAGAAACAAUUAUGCAAUGGUUAAAGCCAAGAUUUCGAGAGGCUCAACAAACCACAGACCAGAAUGAAGAAGAAUGCCAAAUAGAUUGGUCAAUAAUCAGGAAGAAUGAUGAAAAUACAUUUUCUAAUCCUCUUGUUACCAAGGCCACGUUGUUUCUGGAGAAGAAGCAUGGUGCCUGUACUGAGUUAGACAUCACUGACAUGCCAAAAAAGCGAAGAAAGAGGUCUGGAUGGAAAAAUGAAGAGAAAACAUACCGGUGUGAUUGCUUGGAGCUUAUCUGGCCAUCGAGACUCCAUUGCCGCUCUUGCCAUAGAACUUUUUUCACUGAUGUUGAAUUUGAGAAGCAUAACAAUGGUAGGUGCAGUUCAGUUACACAUCCCCACGAGAAAAGUGAAGAGACUAAUGGUUCCUCAAAAGGGAGUGGAAAUGUCAAAAUUGAAGUUUCUCGAAAAGAGAACAUCAGCAAAGCAAACAAGAUUAAAAGCAGUCUAUCAGAACUUGGCUCAAGGAUGAUUAAAUUUCAAAAUGAAGGGAUUAAAUGCCCGUUCGACCUAUUAGACAUCUGUUCCAAGUUUGCAACUAAAGAUUCCAACAAAGAAUUAGUGCAGGAUAUUGGUCUUAUUGGUUCGAAUGGGAUUCUCUCAUUUAUCACAUCUAUCUCUCCUUACCUCGAUGAUUCUGUGUUAAUGGCGAUAUCUCCUGAGAAGGAUAUCAUAAUUCUAGAUGAUGAGUGCUAUACUGAUGAAAGGCGCGUGUUUACACAAGGCAGUAGGAGGGAAAGCAAUGCAGGUAUUGAGAGCUUAUCCAACAAUUGUACCAGGAAAGCUUCUACACAGGAAAUUGACAGAGUAGUAAAAACCAAUAAGCCAUCUCUAGGACGUUUGCGACAAUGGGAGGAAAAGUCCUCUUUAGACAAUAGUUCAUUUGAAAUGGGACCUGGUCACUACUGUGUUGUCUCAGAGGCUUCUUUAAGGCCAUUAGUUGGUAAAGUUUCAUAUAUCCUAAAAAAAUUAAAGAUCGAUUUGCUUGACAUGGAAGCUGCACUUCAUGAAGAAGCCCUGAGACCAGCAAAGGGACAUGUGAGUAGGAGAUGGGCCUGGCGUACACAUGUUAAAUUUUCAGAGUCCAUAUAUCAGAUGGUCCAAGCAACAGUUAUGUUGGAGGAGAUGAUUAAGACAGAGUAUUUGCGGAAUGAGUGGUGGUACUGGUCAUCUCUUACUGCUGCUGCCAAAACGUCCACGGUUGCAUCCCUUGCUCUACGUAUAUACUCCCUUGAUGCUUGCAUUAUUUAUGAGAAGACCUUCAGUCUAGGUCCAAGUGAAAAUUUGAAGCCUAGCAGCAUGGUAAAACAGCAGCCAUUGCAUGACUUAGAGUCUGCAGAAAAGUGCAAGAUAACAAGGACAUCUAACAAGAAAAGGAAAGAACCUGAAGGGUAACUUCAGCAUAUGCCGGCUUGGAGUUGAUGUGGAAAUUUUAUUGGUUGCAAUGGAAUCUAUAGUUGAAUGGAAGGGGGCGCCAGGGCUGUGUUUUUGGAGACGCUGUGGUAUUGGUGUCAAAAUGACAAUGUGGGUUGUUUUUCUUAAGAUUGAUCCGGUCUUAAUGUACAGUUUCUGCUGAUUGUGCUGCGCUGAUUCUGAUCCAUAUACAGAGAUGACAUGCUAACACAGAUGAUGGAUUCUGGAGCUGACCAUGUGGAAUUAUUUAUUUCAGAGUUGAAAGCACAAGGACCUGUAGCAUAAGCAAUUUCACAAUUUUUGACUCAUUUGUUCUGCAAAUUUUGUUUUGUUGCUUAUAGGAUGAAAGGAAAAUUAAUUUCUUUUGAGAAGUUCCAUAUACAUACAUGGAGAAGUUUGAUUUGGAAAGGGAGCAACUGGAAAAGAUCUGUAUACUAUUAGAUUUAGGCAAUUUUUCAUUCUUUAUAGAUUUCAAUUUGUCCCUCAUAUGUCACAUUACAGAAAGGAAUAAAGAUCUAUCACGUUGCAGUUGUCUCUCAUUUGGGUUUUCAAAUUUUAACGUUUUUUCCUUGUAUAAAUUGAGGUUUUUGUCUUUAAUCUGAAAAAGAAGUGGUUCUCUCUCAAUCUAACUCUUCGUGCAGCAUAUUAGUCCUACCUUUUCUAGGUGUGUAUUACUUUACAUAAAAACAAGAGAACAAGGAGCUUGCGGUCAAAUGAGAAUAAGAUAAUUCUCCAACGAGUUUGGCCUUUUACUAUGGGUCACUGCACAAAGCAUUGAGUGAUUAUUAAAAAGCCUGGAACUGCUUCUGCAUAUUUGGCAGCUUCAGAAUUUCAGAGAAAUUGCGAAGCCGAGAUAGUCAUGGGGUAAAUGAUGAACCUAUGUAGGCAUAUGGCAGCUGAUUAACCUAUCUACGCAGAGCGUGGCUGAUGAACCUCUCGCAGAAUAUUGAUUUCAUUUGCGAUCGACAAUAUAUUUCUCCGAUAAUCCGAGUCGGACAUCUUGAUCAGAUACAACGCAAUGCAGGUAUUGCCUUCUUGUUCUUGAUACAUUUAUAGAUAGUCAAUUCAUGCUCUUAUUUCGCACAGAAUGAUAAACAAAGCUUCAAUCACGUCAUUCACUAGUAAUUCAUUUAGAAAUGAUACAAUAGUUAGCUCAAGCCAUGUUUGACUUAGAACAUUUCAAGUUUAUUUAUUAAUUUAGGCCUUAAAUCCUUUUCAAAGAUCUCAGCUCAGCCACCUAACUGUCCGUUUACCUUUCUAUUAUCUUUCAUUCUUUUAAUAAGCAACUGGAAUAUAAUAGUAGCAUUACAUUAUUAUAAAAAUAAAACUCCUUAUGACCACAUCCACCAUACCAAGGGCUCUUCCUGCUGCCCAGCUGCGGCGGCAAACACAUCGGAGAAGUAACUCCCUCCAUCAUCACUGCCGUCAUCUUCCUCUGAGAGUAUGCCAUCUGCUGGGAUUACACAUUCAUCCCCAUAAUUAUCAUUCUGAAAGAAUGAAUCCCCACUGUCCAAAAGCUGCGGACUGUCCUCAUCGACUAUCGCACUUCCAGCAGUUCCAGAGCUGAGGCGGUCCUCGACCUUCACAUUAAGUUCAAAAGCAGGUGCAUUACCUGUGAUCGCCGGAAUAGACUCCGAUUCUUGUGGCGGAAUCAUUACUCCAGUCACUUCUUUGGCUUGCAGCUUCUCAGUCAAAGAAACAACCUGCAGUUUUAUACAUCAAACCUAGUCAUCUUUCCCUUUCUGAAAUGAAAUAUUCUAUUUUUUCUUCCUGACUUUAUAAAAGGGUUAAUGUUAAAAAAAAUCAUGAAUUUUACACGUUUUCUCAUUUUAAUCACGUAAUUUAAAUUUUUUCAUUUUCAUGCACGAACUAAUAUUUUUUCUCAAAUUCAUACAUGACGCUGAGGUGGCACUCAUUUAUUGGUUUAAAAUGACCUCCACCUCAGCGAAUUACACCAAUGGAACCGUGACACCUAAGCACCAUGUAUGAAUUUGAGAAAAAAAUGAUAGUUCGUGCAUGAAGAUGAGAAAAUUUAAACUGCGUGAUUAAAAUGAGAAAACGUGUAAAGUUCAUGAUUUUUUUUUGACAAUAACUCUUUAUAAAACUAGGUGGGGUUCAAGAACAGAUGCUACAUUACAAAACACAUGUUUGCUUUCCUAAGGUAGAAUCUGAAUUGGAAAGCACUUACUUUCAGCCAUGAGUCUUGAUCAUUAAUUUAUGGCUAUUUCUUAUAACAAUUUAAGAUACAGACACCUUUUUUUCUUUCUUUAAUCUUUCUUUUUAUAGUGGAACAUAGUGAUCAACUUCAACUUCUUUAACUUCUCCUUUAUUUUAACAAUUUAUGAUGGUGGUGUCAGUCUCAGGUGCCUAACUAGUUUAAUUAACUUUCUAAUUAUGAAGAUUUGAUGGAAAAUAUUACUUUUAAGGCUUUAUCAUAAAAAAAUACUCCACUUUUUUGAUUUUUUUUUAUUUAUGGUCCAAACUUUUAAGUUUGUCAAUUUUAACGCUUUUUAAUUGUCAGUUUCAAUUUUAGCCAUUUGUUCAAAUUCGAGUGUAAAAAUAAUUUAAAUAUGUCUUUCAUAUUGCUUUAUAUUGUUGCAAUAUGCCUUCUUCUGCCAUAAAAAUUCCAAACAUGAAGGGUAAAUUUGAAUUUUGUUCUCUUUGUAAUUUAAACAAAUGUUUACAAUUGAAAUUGAAAAUUGCAAAAUAAGCUAAAAUUGACGAUUUUGAAAGUUUGGAGGAAUGACUAUAUACACUCUAAUCAUAGUUUCUUACGCUUCUUGUAUAUACUACUAUCUUUUGAUUAACACAUGAAGGAGUUUAAGAAUUUUUUAAAGUGUAUUUAGUCUUUGCCCAAAUUAAAAAGUAAAAAAUAUGAGAUGUUUUUCAAUAAUUAAGCCUAUAAUUAACGGUACCUAUACAUACAACUAUCUUGAAGUGAAAAUUGGAUAUGUGGUUACCUCAGAUUUGAACUUUUCAUUUUCCUUGACAAUAUUGUCAUAAUUGGAGAGAAGUGAAUCAUAAGAAGCCUUGAGAAGGUCAUAGUCCCGCUCAAGCUGCUUAGUCUUCCACCGAGCACGGCGGUUUUGGAACCACACCGCCACCUGUCUGGGCUGCAGCCCCAGGUUCUUAGCUAACUGCGUCUUUCGCUCCGGCUCCAGCUUGUUCUCCUCCUCAAAACUCUUCUCCAGCAGAGUCACCUAGUUCCACACCACAGUUAUAUAUUUACUACAUUCAACCCCUCAGAUCUAAAAGCAAUUGAAUGACCUAAAGAUUUAGAUUACAUUUCCAAUUUCAGAAACAGAAUAAUUCGAGUUUUUCGAUGUAUUUUGAACUCGUUCCUGUCUAGCUAGCUAGAUUAGGAAAUUUAUAGAAGGCUAAGUUGAUUAUAGUUGGUAUUUGUUUAUCACAAUAGGAAGGAAUCAAAUCUGGAAUUCACCGAUCGAAUGUUAAAUCUUGUUAUUCAAUACAUCUAGGCCAAAGUUAGUAUUAUAUUCUGAUUCUGUUUUCAUUUCACCUUUCACUAGGAAAUAAAAACAAAUUAUGGAAUUUGAUACUGAUAUAGUGAUAUGUAUAUGCCAAAUUUCAACAGGAAUAAUCUUUAUGCUAUUACUUAAUCCUGACACUUUGCUUUCCUUCGACAUGUCAUUAUUAGUCUCAACUCAACCCCUAUGGUAUACCUGCUCUGCAGUGAGUCGGCGCUUCUUCUCCGGCAACUGUUCAUCGUAGUAUUCAUCGUCUAAAUAGUCCUCCGGCGAGCUGAAAAAGGGUCUCUUCCUUGAGGUAUCCUCCAUGCUCAGCAUUGAUCUCGGACCUUCCAUAUUACAUCAAAUAUUGGAUUUUAUCAUUAACUCUAGUAAUAUUCUUAGAUUAACUGUUACGCAAGGGAAAAAAAAGUCAACUGUACUGUAUUGUUCAUGCCUUUUUCCCAUGGCUUCUCAAUAACCAAACAGAAAAACAUAUUAAGAUACGUAAGAAAAUAAAAGAAACAUAUAAAAACUGAGUACCUCGAAAAGCAGAAUCACAGUUGCCAAGAAACAACAUGUUUCCAUGGGCAGAAGAAGCCGAGGGAUUAAAGAAAAGUCGUCCAGAUUCCAUGGCAGAAUAUAUUAUAUUUUAGCUUAAUACGAUUGCUUUAAUUGUGUUUUAAUCUGUAUGUUUUUGUUCUCCGAUCUUCAAC